GGUUUUUCUGUUUGGUUUUGUUUUGUUGUUGUUUUCUGAAAAAUGUCAGGGAGCAGAUUUUCAUAUUUUGAAGAAUUUCAGAGAUGUCUCUUCAUUACAGAAGGCCUUCUGACCAGCUGCAUCUUAUCAACUGCAAAGCAGCUGGAUAGAUUUGAGGUUCAUAUUAUGCUGAGCAAUGUAUUCAUGGCAAAUUGAUCUACUGGGGUUAUUUAAUCUGGCUGAGUCAGCCAUCUUUAUAGCUGGAAUAUGCUGAGCACAGCUUGCAGCUCUCUCCUUUAGCGUGUGUGUGUUUGCAAGGCUUUGUCCCCAGCAGAAAUAGCACUUUUGCUGUUUUGCUGCAGGACCAAACAUCUUGCAGGACUGGUGAUGUUUACUAGAUACUCUUCCUAAAGAAUAAGCAUAGGCCAGAAUUGUAGAGGGUAAGAAUUGCAGAAGAAGCGUGGCCGAUAAACGGAAGCUUUGUAGGUGAUUGAGGUCUCAGGAUGCAAUAAGCAUUAAAAGAAACUAGGGAUGACUUUUUUUCACUCAGAAGGUGGUGAGGUACUGGAACAGGCUGCCUGGAAAAGCUCUGGAUGCCUCUGGUUCUGAUCAUCCUGAUCUAAUGGGUGGCCCAUAAAAGGGGGAUUGGAACUGAAUGGUCUUUAAGUUCUUUUCCAAUUCGAGCCAUUCUGUGAUUCAAUGAUUUUCAGUGUCAGAAUUCAUGCAGUUAGUACUUGCCUAUGUGAAAACAGAGUCCGCACCCUUUCAACAGAGAAGAGACCUUUUUGUCUGAGAACUAGUGGAAUUAGGGGGAUAGGGGAUAAUUUUAAAAAAUCCUGUUUGAAAUCAUACUUUGGGACACUCUUCACUUUGCCCUCACUUUCUAGAGCAUUUCUGAGCAAACUGAGUACUUCUCCCCCAUUUCUGCUGCUGCUUUCAAUAGCUCAGGAAGCUAGCACUCUCUUUCCUGGCAAGGGAGGGAUGUAGGACUGACUCAGUUUCUGUGCAGGACACUGAGAAUGAAGAUGCUCUGUAGAUGAUCAUUAGUAAUGUAAGGCUGUCCUCUUCCUGGCAAAGCCAUUGACACUGAGUCUGCUAGGAGUGAAGCAGCACUGCAGUGCCAGGCAGAGCUCCCAUUCCCUUCUUCCCUCCCCACCAUCAUGUGCUCCUCAACAAAUUUUCCACUGUUUACUUAGAAAUCCAUGAAACAAAAGACUGAGGCUGAAGAAGCUCCACCUGGGGAAGUCAAGGUGGAGGAAACCCCUGCUGCUGCUGCUGUGGGAAAGGAGGCCAUCCCUGCUGAGCCAGAUGAGCCAACAGAGCAGGCUGCGAACAUCGAGGCAUGUGAGUGGCUGAGAAAUGGAGUUGGGACUCAGGGGAGCAAUCGAGCAAUGGGUGCCUGUGUCACAACCUUCCUGAGCGGCCCUUGCAAGGACUGGCACAGUCUUGGGACUCGGUCUGGCGAGACAGUGAAGAAAGCCAAGGCAAGUGCUGCUCUGCUGAGGAAGGAAGCCCAGAAGGAGAGCAAAAAGAACCGAGAAGGGCUUGAGCGAGAAGGCCCACAGGACACUGGAAUCAGGUGGAAUGCUUCCUCGGAGGUGGGACCAAAGGCAGCGGACUGAGUCAGUGUCCGGUUUUGUGGCAUAGCCGUGCUUUCCCUUGUCAUAGACAGUGCAGCAGAACUAAGGCACCUGGAAGGGAAGGGCUUGUGCUGCAUUCCAAGCAAAGAGGGCUUGCCAGAGGCAGGUCUUCAUCUAUGGCAAGAGAUGGAGAGGCUGUGUUCCUUCAGGCUGUAUCUCUUCAGGGCCAGGGCCGGUCUAGUAUGAGAUUGAAGUACGGCUAGCCGGGCCUGGAGGGAGAGGAGCUGACGUAGCCACAGGGUCAGGCUUCUCCUUGUGUCUGCCUGGAGGCUGAAUGACUCAUUGCUAAGCAGAAACCCUGGAUGCUGGGGUUUCAUUUUGGACUGUGUUGAUAA